AUGCAAGAGAAGAAAAUGAAGUCGAAGGAGCUGAAACGGAAAAAUCUUCUGGAUUCAAUACAAAGGAUCGAAGAUUUCUUGAUGAACUUCAACGCUGAACGAGAUGCAAAUGAAAUAGCAAUACGUCUGGAUCGACUGGAUAUCCUCAUGGAAACGUUCGAAUCGAUCCAAGAAGAAUACGAAGCAUUUGACGACAGUGAUGAAUUUGUGGCGGUUAAUACGAAAGUAAGGGCAAAGGUUGAAGAGCAGUUCUUUCGGGUGAAAGGUGGUCUCGUCAACAAGCUCCCUCCUCUUCCUCCAACCCCAGUAGACUCUUCGAUCCAUCAUGGUUCCCCAGCCAUUCCUCAUGCCACCAGUGUGAAGCUCCCUACCAUCGAAUUACCACGGUUUGAUGGUGACCUGAAUGAAUGGUUGACAUUCCACGAUUCUUUUUCCUCGUUGAUUCACGCGUCACCAGAAAUUCCCUGCAUACAAAAGUUCCAGUACCUACGGUCCGCCUUGCGAGGCGAUGCCCUUAAAUUGAUUGAAUCCUUAACAAUUACGGCGAACAAUUAUGCAGUGGCUUGGGAAGCCCUUCUAAAUCGUUAUUCGAAUACCUACCUACUAAAAAAGAAGCAUCUACAGUCUCUGAUGGUCCAUUCGAAGGCUCCGGGAAAAUCAGCUGUAGGGCUACGUGCUGUUGUGGAAGAUUUCGAACGACAUGUGAAAAUAUUAAAUCAGCUUGGAGAACCUACAGAGCAUUGGGGCAGCCUGCUUGUUCAACUGCUGUGUUCUCGAGUCGACGAUCACACCCUUAAGGAAUGGGAAGAAUUUGUUUCUGUGAACGAGGAGCCAACUUACGAAAACCUCAUCGAUUUCUUGACUCGGAAGGUUCGAACUCUGGAGUCACUUCAUAUCUCGGCUGAGCAGUCCAACGCUUCGUCCCAUGGAAAGCACUAUCCCCCUGUCAGGCAACAUAAAACCCAAACACAAUCGUCUUCGAAGAUCAACUCCUAUGCAGCAGUAAAAAGCUACCAACCCAAAUGUCUAGCUUGCAACGAUCAUCAUCCGUUAGUUAAAUGUCCGGUAUUUGAAAAGAUGCAACUGAAGGAACGAUUACAUUUAGUCAACACGAAACGGAUUUGCAGUAAUUGCUUUAGAAGCAAUCAUUUCGUACGAAACUGUUCGUCAAGCUACUCCUGUAAGCAUUGCCAAAAACGACAUCACUCGCUGUUGCAUCCUGGGUUCGAUGCGUCAGUAUCGAACAAUAAUCCAAACUCAAAUGGUCAAUAUAGUAGAACAGCUCCCAAUCCUCCAAGGCUCAACGAUUCCAUUGGUGUAACAACAGCAACUACUUCUGAUGCAAUUUCUUCCAACUCAGCGGUAGAAUCUCGUGGUAUCAACGUUUUCCUAUCGACAGUUGUCGUCAAAGUGCUAGACGGUUAUGGAAAUGAGCAUUUGGCGCGAGCUCUCCUGGAUAGUGGCUCACAAAGCAGUCUAAUGAGUGACCGGCUUUGUCAAAAACUCCGAUUGUUCCGUCAUCGUAUUGAUCAACCUAUACUCGGUGUCGGCGAAUCCACAAUUCGAGCAGUUUGUUCGGUAGCUACCGAAGUUAGAUCGCGAGUCAGCGAUUUUUCCUUUCCUCUCAAUUGUUUGGUGCUCAAAAAAUUAACAACCGAUCUACCCGCUGUGAGCAUCGCUACAACAAACUGGAAUAUACCUAACUACAUCACCCUGGCCGAUCCUGAGUUCAAUAUAGCCCGGAAAGUGGAUCUGAUUAUUGGCGCCGAACAUUUUUAUGCAAUCCUUCAAGGUGGCCGGUUGCAAAUAGGACCACAAGCCCCAACUUUAAUUGAAAGUAGGUUUGGAUGGUUUGUAUCUGGAAAAGCUUGUUAUGACCCAAUGCCCCAAGCUAUGGUUUGUUGCACCUCCACUCUUGAAACCCUGAAUCAAAACAUCGAGAAGUUUUGGAAACUAAACGAACUGGAUAAUGUUACCCUUUCCCCUAACGAUCAAUAUUGCGAGGCAUUCUACAAGGAUACGGUCACAAGAGAUUCCACUGGGCGAUACUCUGUAAAAUAUCCCAAGAAAGAAGGAUUUGAAACGAUGAUAGGCGAGUCUUACUCCAACGCAAAAUCCCGGCUAGGAAGUUUAAAACGUAAAUUGGACCAAAAUCCCAUCCUAAAGGAAAUGUACCACGCAUUCAUGGCGGAAUUUAUUGAACUGGGACACAUGCGAGAGGUACCAAUGGAUGAACCAUAUCCCGCUACAGUAUGUUUUCUUCCUCAUCAUGCUGUGUUGAAAGAAUCAAGCACCACUACCAAGGUACGGAGUGUGUUUGACGCCUCUGCCAAAACAAGUACUGGAUUCUCGCUCAACGAUUCGCUAUUAGUUGGCCCUGUCAUACAAGACGAGCUCUUCGAUAUCCUGCUCCGAUUUCGCAAAAAAUCGGUUGUAUUGUUAGCUGAUAUCGAGAAAAUGUAUCGGCAGAUCGUACUCCAUCCCGAUGACCGCCCCCUCCUACGUGUGUUGUGGAGAUUCAAUAAGACAGACCCGAUAACUAAAUAUGAGAUGACCACAGUGACAUACGGAUUGGGACCAUCAUCAUUCUUGGCGACACGUACACUACAUCAACUCGCCGAAGAUGAAAGUGAUUCGUUUCCUCUCGCCGCAGCCGCUUUAAAGCGAGAUUUUUAUAUGGAUGACUUCGUUCGGAGCGAAGUAGACAUCACGACAGCUAUACGGUUGCGUAAAGAAAUGGACGAACUAAUGAACCGUGGAGGAUUUUCCCUGAGGAAAUGGUGUUCGAAUUUUCCUCAAGUAUUGGAAGGAGUAGCACCUGAGAACUUAGCCCACCCCUCAAAUGAAAACCGUGCACAUGGCGAAAUUGUGAAAGUUUUGGGAAUUUCUUAG